UUUUCUUCCUUCAGUCAAGUAAGUAGAAAAACCCUAAACUUUACUGAGGUUAGUGAUCAAUUAGGGCUUCGAGGGGUUUGGAUGGAUAGUCUCGUAGAUGCACUGAGCAGUGCAUAUCAAGACUUUGUUGCAGCAUCAGCUGUUGUACUUGAAUCAAAGGAGAGUUCUAAUGGUCAGAAAACAGCAGCGACUGAUGCUGCAUUAGAAAACUUUAAGCAAAAAUGGGAGUUGUUCAGGGUUGCAUGUGAUCAGGCAGAGGAGUUUGUGGAGUCGGUUAAGCAAAGAAUUGGCUCCGAGUGUCUCGUGGAUGAAGCUACAGGCACUGUUUCGGGGAAGCCUGGGCAACCAGCUGCAAGUGGCCUUCAACCCAUUAGUGCUGUUAGGUUGGAGCAGAUGAGUAAAGCUGUAAGAUGGCUAGUGAUAGAACUGCAACACGGUUCUGGAGCGAAUAGUGCUUCAGCAGUACAUCCCAAUCCUUCUGCUCCAUUUGAUGCCAGAUUUUCUGAAGAUGCAGCGCAAUAGGUACACUGAAAUCUUGCUGAUACUUCCUGUCCUUGUCGUUUUCGUUGACUAUGUUAAAUAAUCUGGAAACAAAUUUGUAUUAUUUAAUGAACUAUUAGUAAUAGGCUUUGUAUCCUAGACUUGAUGAUGAAGCAAAUAAGUGAACAUUCCCUUGGAACUGAAAUUGAUUCAUAUGUAAGAGCUGCUAUUACAAAACUGCUGGUCUUGUAUAAAUUUCCAGGUUGAUAGAAAAGUAGUAGAAGCUAACAAGACCGCUUUUUAGUAGCAUCAUAUGUUCUCUUCCAUCAGAACGAAUAACUGUGAGUAACCACUAGUUUCUGCAGCAAUUAUGUACUGUCCUUACUUUUUUUUAUGAAGAAUACUAUCCUUACUUAUUAAGCUAAGUUUGACCCAACUUCUUUUUUAUGAAGAAUUAUGUACUAUCCUUACUUAUUAAGCUAAGUUUGAACCAACACUUCUGACAGACGAAUGGAAACUAGAAAAAAAAAAACAUAGUUUCUUUGUAUUCUAUUUUCAUCGCUGUAAAACAAAGAACAACUGUUAGUUGUGACUGUUUUCAGGUAACUACAGAGUCUGGUGAUCCGCAGAGAGAAACAGAAGAUCUUCUGUGCC